AUGGAUCCUUCUCGCCGUACUCUUACCGUCCGAUCAGCCCCAUCUCGUGCCACGCCACCUGCCCCGGGAUCGGAAGCACCGCUCGAUGCGUCGAAUCGUGACGCUGAUGGCUCGAUCUCAGCCGCAGAUCUAGACGGCGGCGGAUCGGGGGGGAAUCGCCCCUCCGCGGGGCCGGCACCACCGGGUAGCGGCCAAGUGACGCUCAACUUACGCGCCUUUAAUCUUUUCGCAGCUAAGGUUCGACCUGCCGUGCAAAGGGAGAAUCCACAUUUGUCGGUGAGUGAGACCGAGCGCGCGAUCGGCAUGCGCUGGAAUGCUCUGGCUCCCGCUGCGCGCCAGGAGUACCUAAACGCUGCCCGCGCGGGAGUGUCGGCGCUGGGCGCAAAUCGCGCCGCAGCAGGGGCGGCGGCGGCGACGGCUGCUGCGGAGCAAGGGGGUGAGAUGCUGGAUGCGCAUGCGCGGCAUACGCGGCGGCGCCGCAAGCGCGCGGAGAUCGAAGCGGAAAUAGAAGCGGAGAACCUUAUGAAGCAACAACAAAUAGCCGCGCGGUACGGUAUCGGCGCGGGGCUAGGCAUGGGGCUAGGCGCAAGCAGAGCGCACAGUGAUCCGUGGGGGGCCCGUGGGGGAACUGCCGCCGCUGAUGCCUCCGCCAUGUAUCCCGGCGCAAGGGGCCAGGGUUUCGCGGGAGCAGGCGGUGUUGGGGGGGGACACGGGCGAGAUUUAGAACGCAGUGGCAGUGGCACGAGCAGUAGCACAGCGGAUGAGGGGGAGUUUGCACCCGGCAUGAGUUUUGGCGGGUUAUUGACUGGGGUGGAGGGGGCGGAGGGGCAAUCAGGAGGGUCUGUGCGGUUGGGUCAGUCGGUGCGUGGGAUGGUGGACGGAGUGUUUGAAGCCGGUUUCUUUGUGGCCUUGCGCGUGGAGGGGUGCAGUGCGGUGCUGCGAGGUGUUGUGUUCACGCCAACGCCUGCUGUGCCCGUUACGUCGUUGAAUGAUGUUGCAGCUGGUGUGCCGCAUGUGGGGGUGACAACAGCAGCGGAGGAGGAAAGGAAACAGCUUCAGCGUACGCUGGUUGAAGGGCCGACUGAACCGUCCACACAGGAGGGAAUGACAGCUGCGGUAACAUCAGAAGGUGGGGCAGCAUCAGAACCUCUGGCAUCAGCAGCAGCAGCGGUGGCAGAAGUCGAAGCAGAGACAGAAGCAGCAGAAGCAGCAGCGGCAGACAAUGCAGCAGCAGCAGCAGCAGCAGCAGCAGCAGCAGCAGCAGCCGCAGCAGCGGAGGCAGAUGUUGAAACAGCGUCAGCGUUAGCAGGGCAGGCCAUGGUGGUAGCGGGUGAAGCUGGACUGCCAGAACCGGAGAGAGAGGUUGCAGCCAUGCACAUGGUUCAGGGUUCCACCACUGCCCCGUCCCACUUCACCUUCGCUUCGCAACAAUUGGAUGAUUUGCUAAAUGCCAGCCAGAAUAGUGCCUCGCAUGUGCCGAUGAACCUGCAACCAGGAUCCUAUUAG